AUGAUAAUGACGCCCUUGAGCUCUUCCACACCGUCGAUCUCGUUCAACAUCGAGUUCAGAACCUGUCGCGACACGUUGCCGGCGUCCUCGCUGUCUCUGUUCGUGGCCAGUGCGUCGAUCUCGUCGAUAAACACGAUCGACGGAGCAGACGUCCUGGCCUUGCGGAACACCUCUCUGAUCUUCUUCUCCGACUCUCCAACGUACUUGUUGAAAAUCUCGGGACCCUUGAUCGCCAGGAAGUUCAGACCCGACUCCGAUGCCAGUGCCUUGGCCGUAAGUGUCUUGGAACAGCCUGGUGGUCCGUACAACAGCAGUCCUUUAGGAGCAGAAAUACCCAGUCUUGUAAAAGUCUGUGCUGCCGUCAAUGAAAUAAACUGUUUUGAGAGAAUGUCAUAUCUGCUAUCAGCGUCAGGAAUCGGCACCUCUAGCUCCUGGUCGAACCUGCCGGGCCGUCUCAGACCCGCGUCAAUCGAGUUGAGUCUGUUGGUGGCCCCAAUCACAAUCACGGCGCCAUCAAUGCUGUCCAUGGCCAUCAGAAGCGUGGCAGUGACUCUGGUGUCGACCUCAGAAACGUCCUCGUUGUUCCUGCUGGGCGUCAGAGAGUCGAUCUCGUCGAUCAGAACUAUCGCCGGUUGGUACUUGAUGGCCUCCUUGAAGUAG